AUGAAGCGACUGUCGUAUGCAGGAGAUGCGUAUCAAUACCAACACCCUGGUGAUCUCAUCCACGUCGACCUGUCACAGAUCAAGCAGCCAAGCGAGAGAGGAUACAAGUAUUUGAUGGUGGUGGUCGAGGAUAUAUCAAGGUGGCUGCAGACUUACUUCCUUAAGAAGAAAUCGGAUGCCCCUGCCGCAUUCAUCCAGAACUGCACUGCAGUCCGCAUGCCCAAGGCAGUGAGGACAGAUGGAGGGGCGGAGCUCAUCAAGGGCCAGUGA